AUGAUUUCUGAAUCCAUAAGGCAUAGGAAGAAAAGCAACAUUAUAUUUUGUUUCUCUGAAACUCAUUUAAAUUCUAACUGGUCUGAUGACGAAUUGCAAAUUAGAGAGUUCAACUUCAUUAGGAAGGACCGAACUUAUGCCUCAGGUGGAGGUAUUCUGAUUUAUAUCCCAGAAACAAUUCAUUUUCAAUAUCGCAAUGAUUUCUCGUUACAAGAAAAUAAUUAUCCGCUUGAAUUUAUUUGCUUGGAAUUUAAGCAUCCUAAUUCAAAACCCUUCCUGAUGGCCAUUAUGUAUCAACCGGGAAAUAAUACUCUCUGGAGAGAUAACUUAAACUAUGUAUUAGACAUGGCUGACAAUGAACACAAAGAGAUAAUUGUGUUAGGGGACUUAAACACAAAUUUUCAAGAUAAACAUUCUUAUCAACAACUUCAUGUUCUAACAUCUCAGUAUCAGCUUAAACAACUUAUUGAUGCAGUUACCAGGCCAAUAUCACGUAAAACAAUUGACCUUAUCUUUACCUCUAAGGAAGAUAAUGUUAUUAAAUCAGGCGUGCUAGAUGUUGGGAUGAGUGACCAUUUGCCAAUUUUUAUCUCUAGAAAAAUUAAUUCCAGGAUCUCAAUUAAACAAGGUUUACAUACAACGAUUAGUUAUCGCAGGAAGAAAGAUUUUAUUGCGAGUGAUUUUGACAAUGACCUUGUUGAAGAAAUCCCGUUAAGCCUUUAUGAAAUCUUUGAUGAUCCAAACGAUCUAUUAGACUGUUGGUACUCUCACUUUAUGAAAAUUUUGGAUAGGCAUGCACCUUUAAUAAAACGUAGAGUCAGAAAUAAUAAACUGCCGGGGUGGUUUAAUUCUGAAGUACGUUGCUUUAGCCGCAAAAGAGACUUUUUCUUAAAGCAAUUUCUAAAAGCCAAAAACUCUGACACAUGGUGUACCUACAAAAAAUGGAGAAAUAGAACUGUUCAUAUUAUUAAAAAGUCAAAAGAGGACUACUAUAAGAACCUCCUGACUGAUAAUGUACAUAAUCCACGACAAUUAUGGAAAAUUCUAAAAGAUAUCUUGCCGACCAAUGACACUGUCCCCCAAAUAACACUUAACAUUAAUGGCAAGGAGAUCAGUGAUCCUAUCGAGGUUGGCGAUCUCUUUAAUGAAUACUUCUCCUCUAUUGCAGACAACUUUGAUAUCAGUUUACUCAUAAACAACCCAAUUAAUACUCAUUUACCAAUUGCAACAAAUCAUAUUAAGUUUACAAUUCCACUGAUAACAAUCGAUGACAUACUAAAUCUUGCAGCCGAAUUAGACCAGAACAAGUCAACCGGUCUUGAUGGUAUUCCUGCCUACUUCAUCAAGUCCUCGAUUCAUUCCAUUGCACCCAUAAUACUUCGUGUAAUAUGA